AUGGCGGGGCACUGGCGCCGCUCCCACAGCAUGCUCACAUGGCGGCCUCUGCAGGCAGAGUGGCCCCAGCCGCCUAUCACCACCCCAGCCACCUCUCGCCACCCCUGGCGCUCCCAGCUCCUGGUCGUGCCGCAGCCUGCUCAGUCUCUCUCUGGCUUGCGGUUCCAGCUGCUCCCGGGGCCAGGGAGGCGACAGCCCCCUCCCUGGCAAAAACCACAGUCACUGGAUCCCGAGUCCUGGCGGCGGGGCUGUGCAGCCUGGCCCGGUGCUGAGGGCAGCAGCGGUGUAGCCAGGCGCCGAGUGGCAGCCACUCCCAGAGGCUUCUUCCCGGGGAGGAUUUUGGACACUAACAAUGGCAGCUCUGUGGAACACUCUUUUGAAACUAAGAAGCUCAAUGGAAAGGCACUGAGCAAGGUCCUGAGCAGCCAAGCUGAGGAGCCACUCUCUCCUCCUGUCCCCAAGGGAUCUGGCCCCACUCUCAACAGCAGGUCUGGCAACUGUCCCAGGAAGCAGUCUGAUGACAGUGAAGAGAGGAGCCUUAAAACCAUCUGUGCCAACCACAAUAAUGGAUGUUUACAAUCCUGUCCCCCUCAACCCCGUAACAAUGGGCAGAACUUUGGGGAGCCAGGGGCAGUGGCAUACUCUUCUCCAGAAUGUUCAGACACCGACCAUGAUAAUUCAUUCCUGAAAGGAACACUCCUACACACAGAUUGUUGUGGGCCUGAAAUGGCUUGUGAAACCCCCAAUGCUGGAACAAGAGAGGACCCCACUGACCCUCCAUUCACAGACAGCAGUAAGGCUCUUCACAGACACAGUAGCCUCAAAAGGCACCGAGUUGAAUCAGAAGAUGCAGAUUCAGAGAACUCCUACUCAGAGAAGAAAUUAAAAACAUGA